AUGUGGGGUGUGGGGCUAUGGGGUCCCGCUCAGCACCAUCCUGACCCGCGGCCAGCAGGCCAAGGUGGCGGCGCAGCUCCUGCGGCAGGCCAUGAGCGAGGACAUGCUGAUGCCGGUGGUGAAGGCCGAGGGGGCGAGGACUACGAAGGGGCCACCGUGAUUGAGCCCCUCAAGGGGUACUACGACGUUCCCAUCGUGACGCUGGACUUCUGCUCCCUGUACCCGUCCAUCAUGAUGGCGCACAACCUGUGCUACAGCACCCUGCUGCCGCCGGGGGGCGUGCAGCGCUUCGGGCUGGGCCCCACUGAUUACAUCCGGACGCCCUCGGGGGAGCUCUUUGUCACUUCCAAGGUGCGCCGGGGGCUGCUCCCAAAGGUGCUGGAGGGGCUGCUGGAAGCUCGGAGCAGGGUGAAGCAGGCGCUGGCGCAGGAGCAGGACGCGGGGCGGUGCCAGGUGCUGCAGGGCCGCCAGGGGGCGCUCAAGGUCAGCGCCAACUCCGUGUACGGCUUCACGGGGGCGCAGGCGGGGCGGCUGCCGUGCCUGGAGGUCAGCCAGAGCGUGACGGCCUUCGGGCGCCAGAUGAUCGAGCGCACGAAGCAGCUGGUGGAGAGCCGGUACUGCCUGGCCCAGGGCUUCCCGGCCGAUGCCAAGGUGAUCUAUGGGGACACGGACUCGGUCAUGUGCCGCCUGGGGGUGCCCACGGUGCCCGAGGCCAUGGCCAUGGGGCACGAGGUCGCGGCCUGGGUGUCCGAGCACUUCCCUGCCCCCAUCCGGCUCCAGUUCGAGAAGGUGUACUGCCCCUACCUGCUCAUCAGCAAGAAGCGCUACGCUGGGCUCUGUUUCCCGUCGGGCCCCGCGGCCGCGCCCGCGCUGGACUGCAAGGGGCUGGAGGCGGUGCGCAGGGACAACUGCCCCCUGGCGGCCAACCUCGUCACGGCGUGUCUGCGCCGCAUCCUCCUGCACCGGGACCCGGCGGGGGCGGUGCUGCACGCGCAGGAGGUGAUCUCGGACCUGCUCUGUGACCGCCUGGACCUCUCCCAGCUCGUGAUCACCAAGGAGCUGACCCGCGCCGCACGCGACUACGCCGCCCCCCAGCCCCACGUCAGCCUGGCCCAGAGGAUGCGGCAGCGGGACCCCGGCAGCGCCCCGGCCCUGGGUGACCGCGUCCCCUACGUCAUCGUCACCGGGGCCAAGGGGGCGGCCGCCUACACCAGGUCCGAGGACCCGCUGUACGCGCUGGAGCACAACCUGCCCAUCGACAGCCGCUACUACGUGGAGCAGCAGCUGGGGAAGCCGCUGCUGCGCAUCUUCGAGCCCAUCCUGGGCGAGGGCCGCGCCGAGAGCAUCCUGCUGCGGGGCGCUCACACCCGCUCUAAGACGCUGCUGACGGCGCAGGUCGGGGGCGGGGUCUUGGCCUUCGCCACGCGGCGCAGCACGUGCGUGGGCUGCCGGGCCGUACUACAGCGGCAGGGAGCCGUCUGUGAUUUCUGCCGCCAGCGCGAGGCUGAGCUCUACCAGAAGGAGGUGGGGGCGCUGGCGGCGCUGGAGCAGCGCUUCUCCCGCCUCUGGAGCCAGUGCCAGCGGUGCCAGAGCGCCCUGCACCAGGACGUGCUGUGCACCAGCCGGGACUGCCCCAUAUUUUACAUGCGGCGCAAGGUGCAGAAGGACCUGGACGCUCAGCAGGCGCUCGUGGCGCGCUUCGGGGCCCCCUCCUGGUGACCCCCCCG